UUCAUACACCUUUUCUUGCUGUUGUCUAUAUUCUUACCUAUGGAGGAGGUAUUGUAUCUGGUGACAGGAUUUGUGUUGAGGUUGAAACUCAACAAAAUAUAAAUUUGAUGCUCUUGACACAAGGCUCCACUAAAAUAUACAAGCAAAAAAGACAAGAGUAUACUAAAAACCAGGAAAUUAACUGUCCCUUGGGUACACAACAACGGCUCAAUGCGUAUAUACAAAAGAAUUCGAUGCUACUUCAAUUACCAGAGCCGACCACGUGUUUUCGUGCCGCAGAUUACUCGCAACGACAGAUAUUUUCAUUGGAAGAUGAAACGUCUUCUGUAGUGGUUUUAGACUGGUUUACCAGCGGAAGAAUGUCACGCGGAGAACGUUGGGAGUUUUCAAGAUACGAAUCAGGAGUUGAUUUGUUGGUUGGUGAAAAAUUAAUUUUUCGUGACGUAAUUUUAUUGAAAAAUGAAACCGACCUCGGAGAUCAUGUUCCCCUUACCGAAGAAAAAGAAAAGCAAGUUAGUGGUAUGAACGAUAUCCAUCGUCGUCUUGAACCCUAUGAAUGUUUUGCAACGUUAGUGAUCUACGGGCCCCGAAUGAUUCCAAUAACAAAUCGUGUACUCAAUGAAUAUGAAAAAAUAGUAAUAGGUAAGAUGAAUGAAGUAAUAGAUUUAACAUGGUCUUCUUCCGCACUUUACAUGGAAAAGAAGGUAAACGGAGUGGUGAUCAAGGUGGCGGGAGUAACAACAGAGAUGGUAAGAAACUUUUUAAUUAAGGUAGCUUUGAAAGGCUUGAAUGAGAUAGUUGGAGAGAAUUUAUUCGAAAGAGCACUAUAA